AAGUGACGGGGGACAGAGCGGCAGGAGGAUCAUGACUUUUCUUCUCUCUUGUACUUUCCUGUGAGCGGACUGACAACAGAGAACAGCUUCAACAUGUUCUUCAGGAGUGUGGAGGAUAGCACUGAGAUGUGGGACAUAGGGAGGGACGGCACUGAGCAUUUACUUCCUUCAACGUCCACUCAGAGGACAUUUGACUAUGUACUGGUGGCCAACAAGAUGGACGAUGUCUUGGACCAGAAGGCUCAGAGACAGAGAGCCUUCAUCGGGGAGCUAGAAAAAAAAAACGUCACAGUCACUAGGAUCCUCCAUGAUGACAAAGUGUUUUUCGGCCUCCGUAUUCCCUGUGAGAUGUUUAAAGACUACCAGUACCUGCUCAAAGUGUCCGACGCCUGCAACUGGUGUGCAGAUGGGAAGGGCUCUGACAAGCAGGCUACCAGAAUCCGAAUUGUCCACUUCAUCCUCCAUCACACCUUCAUCAACACAGGAGAGAACCUGGAGGAACUGGUGAUAAAGGGUGUGUUUGAUACCAUGUUCUGCCUUCAUGAGAAAAAGAAACAGAAAGAACUAAAGAAGAAGUGGGCUCGAUGGUCUGGUCUGUUUACAGGCCAACCAGUCAAGGACAUCAGGUGUUACUUUGGAGAGAAAGUUGCUUUGUACUACCUGUGGCUGGGCUGGUACACCAUGCUGCUGGUUCCAGCUGCUGUUCUGGGUGUUGUUGUGUUCCUGUAUGGACUCGCCUUUUUCAACACCAGUCCUCUAAUUAAGGAAGUGUGUCAGUCCAGCAUUAUUAUGUGUCCUCGCUGUGACAAGAGGUGUACAGUAUGGCAGCUGUCAGACACCUGCACCUACGCUAAGGUCAGCCACCUGUUUGACAAUGAGGGCACUGUGGCUUUUGCUAUGUUCAUGGCAAUCUGGGCCACUCUGUUCCUGGAGCUGUGGAAGAGACACAGAGCCAAACAUGUUUCUGACUGGAAGGUCUAUAACUGGUGUGAAGAGGAGGAGGAAAUAAUUCUGCAAAUAGUCAAUGAUCCACAGUGUCAACCCAAACACUUCAGGCACUCCUACAGGCGCAGCACUCUGGUCCUCAUUCUGGUUACUCUUAUGCUGAUGCUGAUCAUAGGUCUUGCGCAUGCCUUGGUGGUGUUUCGAGUGGUGGCUGCUCCCUUGAUGUCUGAGGGCAGCUGGGAGUUCAUCAGGGAUCAUGCCAACACUGUGGCUGUGAUGCUCGGGGCCGUGCUGCACUAUGUCACUAUGCAGAUCAUGACUCGGGUAAACCGAUGGGUGUCCCUUCAGCUGUGUAAACUAGAGAAGACAAACUCAUUUGCCGCCACAGAGAGGAGCUUCACUGUCAAGAUGUUCACCUUCCAGUUCUUCACUCUUUUCUCCUCACUGUUUUAUGUGGCCUUCUUCCUGGGCAGGAUAAAUGGCCAUCCAGGGAACUAUGUGCGUAUUGCUGGAUGGAGACUGGAGGAGUGCCAUCCUAGUGGUUGUUUGACAGACCUCUUCAUCCAGAUGGCUAUUAUCAUGCUGCUCAAACAGACACUCAAUAACAUCUUUGAGUUCACUGUGCCCUGGUUCAAGAGUUGUCUGAGCAGAAACACUGCAAAAAAACUGCAGAGGAAGUGUGGAUACUGUUACAGGAAGACCUGCCGUGACGAAAAUGGACAGGUUGAACCGUGUGACAUCUGCAAACUUCGGAACUGGCUGUCAAAUUACCACCUAGCUAACACAGACUCCUUCAGUCUUUUCAACGAGUUCCUGGAGAUGGUGGUGCAGUUCAGUUUCACCACCAUAUUUGUGGCAGCGUUCCCCCUCGCCCCCCUGCUGGCUCUCAUCAACAACGUCUUUGAGAUCCGCCUGGAUGCCAUCAAGAUGGUCAGCCUGGAACGGCGGCUGGUUCCAAGGAAGACCAACGACAUUGGUGUGUGGACAAGGUUGUUGGAGGCCAUCGGUGUGUUAGCAGUGAUUGCUAACGGUCUGGUCAUUGGAAUUACUUCAGACUUCAUUCCACGCCUCGUCUACCAUUACCGCUAUGGCCCCUGUGCUAAUGGAACCCUUCAUACACACUGCAUGCAGGGCUACAUUAAUGACACUCUGGCAACAGCUUCUCUGGAACACCCAGCAGUUCGAAUGGACUUUCGCGACGAUCAGAUGGUCUUGGACAACAAAAUCUUCAACAUCACACAGUGCAGCUACAGAGACUACAGAAAAGAUGACUACACUCUGACUUCUCAGUUCUGGUUGGUUUUGGCUGUGCGCUUUGCUUUCAUCAUCUUGUUUGAGCAUGUUCUAGUGGUGUGCAAGUUUAUAGCGUCCUGGUUUGUCCCCAACAAUCCCAUUAAAGGGAAGAAUGAUCGCCUGGAAGAUAAACUGGGUCGGCUGAAGGAGGAGCUAAGUGAAAUGAAACGCAGCAAAUCAACAGACGUCUGACCUCCUACAGCUGACCUCAGAUCUGCCUCCGCUGAUGAGUGGUUGAAGCAUCGAAGGGAAAGAUGGUGCCUUCUUUUUAUAAUUUAUAUUUGCUGUUGUAACAUGAGGCUCGAAUGUAUUAAAUUGUGUGACGUUUAAGUGUCAGGGUAUGAUUUGAUGUUUAUUACUCCUGCUGCCAUGUUGCCACAUAACCAUCACACUACAUGUAACACAACUUACAGUGGUGAUGUUUUAAUAUUAAAAUGUAAGAAAGAAUAUAA